AUGGUUGUCGAUUAUUCCAAGUGGGACAAGAUCGAAUUAUCGGAUGAUUCUGAUGUUGAGGUUCAUCCAAAUGUUGACAAGAAGUCAUUUAUCAGAUGGAAACAGCAGAGCAUACAUGAGGAAAGAAUGAAGAGAACACAAGACAUCAAAAAUUUGGAGACCCAAAUGGAUAUGUACACAAACCUAAAUAAACGUGUUGAUAAAUUAUUAAGCACAUUCACCGAAUCAGAUGGAAACUUAGGGCAGUUGACUGAUUUACCUAACGUUGAAAAGUACCUUAAUGAGAACUUUGAUAAGAAUGAAAAAUCAACAGGGGAGAACGUUGACCCUGAUAUUGCUACAUAUAAUGAAAUGGUUGUUGACUUAUUCGAACAAUUGAAAAGAGAUGCUGUUAAGGAAAAAAAGGACCCAAGUGAUGCAAAAGUCAUUAAGGAACUUAUCCUUCAACACAGAAAUAAAAUUGAUAAAGUCACUGUUGAGGCUAAAACAAAAUUAAAGGAAUUAUACCAUGAGAAAGAACUACAUAUUUCUUCUGAAGAUAUCCAUACAGGUUUUGAUAGCGGGUUUAUGAACCCUAAAGUCAAUGCUGUUAACACUGAUAAAGAUACCAAAAAAAUAAACGAUGCAAUGGAAUCAAUAAACUUGAAAGCAAGCACACAACCAAAAGGUGAAUUACCUAAGAGUCUAAAAAUUGAUGCUCCUUUACAAUUUAUUGAAUAUACUGAUGAGAAGGAUAUGUUAAAAUUGGCUCCUGGAACUGAAGCUUUCGGUACCAAGAUUCCAUAUGAUAAUUACAAAAUGUCACAAGAGUUUUUAUUGAAAAAUAUGCAAAUCAUCUCUGGACAACAAAAGGAUGCUUUGAUGAUGAAGUCAUUCGAAUACCAAAUGGAAGAUAAAAAUUCUCCCAUGACUUACCAAAUUAUCCAUCAAUCUGAAAUUCUAAGCUACAUCCGUGAAAUAUACGAUAUGAAGAAGAUACCAUUUUUAAGGGUUCAAGAAAUGGAAGAAGUUAUUAACAUGUUUUUCGGUAAAAUUAUUUUCAAUCCAGCAAAUAGUAAGGGUAAAGAAUCCUUCCUUGAAAGUGUGAAGACCAAAUACGAACACGUUAAGAAUCGUUCUGAGAUCAUUAAACAAGAGCAAACUGAAGAAAGUGAAGAAGGAGAAGUAGAAGGUGUUGAAACUAUUCAGUUAAAGUCGCUUGAUGACUCCGCUGAAUUAGAGGUGGUCCUACCAGACUUCAAUUCUGAAGAUAAAGAUGAGGUGAAAAAAUGUGAAGCAUUCAAUAAAAUACCCAAGGAUAUGCAAGAGGCUCUGAAAACUCAGAAUUUAGAUGAAGUAAACAAAGUGUUUGAAACAAUUCAAAUAGAUGAAGCUGAAAGAAUAUUAGAAUUAUUUAAUGAGGCAGACAUCAUUGGUGUCAGGGCAGUUCUUGAAAAUGAGGAUGACUUCAACAACAUUAAGCAAGAUUACCAACAACAAUUGCAACAUGAAGGGAACGAAGGAGAACGUCCAACUGUUAUAGAAGAAGAAGAAAUUCUUGAUACGGCAGAUAUAGUUGACUAA